AUGAAGAAGCGGGAAGUGCAACACACUGUGCGCGCUCCCCCGAAGCCUAGAAGCGCACAAAGCGCACGUCCGAAGCUUCAGCACGGGGCCUCCAGCAAGCUCCUUACCGUGGGUCGGGAUAUUGGAUUGAUCCGCUCCUGCUACCGGAGGGCGCGGGCCUUCUAUGCAGAGCGGCGCGAUGACAUCCAUGACCACGACACCACACUGCAAAAAGCGGUUUGGUCCAUGGUCGUGGCCAUGCGCGAGGUCAUGAAGGAGAGACGCCGCAUUGCCGGCCUGCUGAUCGCGGGUGCCGCCACCGAGCAGUUGCAGCAGCGACUGAUGGAAGUGAUGGUCGAACGCGCCAUUGAGCAUUCUGAGAUGAUCGAAGCGCAGUCCAUGGCCGAGACGAUGUGCCAGGAGCUGGGGAAGCUGAGCACUGCGCGCUUCAUGUCCGGUUUCGCCUUCCUGCGGAGCAUCCUCUUCGAGCGUGACCUGGAAGAAGUGGAGCCCGGAAUGGUGCUCCAAACACUCCGGGAGAAGGUGAAGAGCUCGGAGAAGGACCGUCACCAGAGGCGGCAGAACGUCGUCGCGAACCUCUUCGGUAUCCUCUCCCUCAUUCAUGGUUCGGACUUGAAGGCACUUUGGGAAGAGUACCUCUUGACUGCCCCGGCUGUAGAGAGCGAGGAAGACGGAGAGCUGCUGGAUAAGCAUCACAAGGACAAGAUGUUCGCGAACUUUUGGUCAAAACCAGUCAGGAGGGACAGCAACAGUGUUGUGCAUCAUGAAGAUGUGCGCAGCGAUGUGGAAUCUCUGGAUGGCGCCCUUGACGUGAGGAGGACGAGCACAGCGAGAGAGAUGAUGAAGGACUACAAAUUCUUCGAUAGCGAAUCGGCUGGGAGCGCCAGCGAGUCGCAGUUCGAUCCUGAACCUCAGGAGCGACGGCCGCAAGCGCAUACGCAAGAGAAAGAGCUCGUCCUGAAGCAAGAAAUGCAAGAAGACCCCGAGAGUGUAAUGGAGAUGGUCGAGCACUUUGAGGGCCACGAGGAUCACGAGAGGCAGUUUUCAGCAAUCUGGGAGCCGCCCGCUACACGGCUGGCUCAGGAGCCCGAACUUGGGCUUGGGCCGCUUGGGGAAGACGAAGGCCACUCAGAAGGCUAUGCCAAGGUGCAAGAAGCCCAGGCGUCCUCACGAACUUUGAGGUUCCGCGAGAUGAACGCCUCCCUUCUGCAGGCCUCGAGCCCUCCACGGCCCGGCCGCCUCUCAAUCACCACUUUGCUCAAGCGGAGCAUGUUCACGUCCCUGUCGAGGUGCUUCCCGAGCUCACCGCGCCAGAAGGAGGAGAUGCCGGAGGCCCCGGUGGCAGCGAAGCCACCGUUGCCGAGGCCCCAGCUGCCACGGCCGGCCUUGCCCAUGCUACCCAGCACUCCUUCUGCUUCGGGCAGCGACCCUCCCAGCCCUCCGAGCGUGGUCUUGGGCGUCAGCCCAGACUUCAGCUGGCGUGAGCGCCAAGCCGGGAUGGAGGACAGCGCCAUCGAGAAGUUCGAAAGUUUCUCCACCGACGCGAGUGGCGACCGACGGCCCUUCGAAUCCAUUGCCCUACCCUUGAUGCAGUCAAAAGGGUCUCCCGCUGCCUCCCGCUCCGAGCCCGGACCAAUGUCCGAAGCCGCCGCCGAAGCCGGCCUAGCUGUUAGUUUGCUGCAGCAGUUCCAUGCCAGAACCAGGGAGGCUGCGGAGUCCCCCUCAAAUGCACGAGGAGAGGCACGUUUCCUCGUGACUCCGGAGUCCACAGAAGAGGACAGCUGGGAUUUCGGCCAGCUUUCAGAGAGCUUUGGCCCAAGACCGACGACCGAGAGAGACAGAGAGGCGCAAGCAGCCUCUCGCGAUGUCGCCAUCAGCGGCACGUGUAUCUCGCACCAAAAGCCCUCGCAACCCUCGGCACCUCGCCCACUUACCGCGGAUGGCAAGAAACAGCGAGUGCUCCUGCCUGUUGGCGCACUGGCGCGUAACAAGGCGCCUCCUACAGCUCCGCUUCCGGACAGCCCACUCUCCAGAAAGAUAGCAGAGAGACGCAUCAAGGCGGCGCAGACUUCAGCUCAACAAAAUGAUCCCACUCUGUCACCGAUCAUGGCAGAGACGCUCAAACAGACCCUUCGCAAAGCACUGGCACGGCAAGCCUUCUGA